CUUCCCUGUCAACGAAACCACCACCACCACCUGUCUGUCUGGCAUCUCUGUGUGCAAGCAAGAUCUCCUUGACCGUGAUGGCGGCGACAUCGACAUCUUUCCUGAACGAGGGGUAUUGGACACCCGGCCGCGGUGCACAGCUGGCGGCAGAGCUCAAGUGGCCUUUGCUUGCGUCGAUGGCUGUGUACCUGCCUGUGGUAUUCUCGUUGCGGCGGUGGAUGAGGAAGAGGGACCCGCUGCCCAUCAAGCCCUUUAUUUUUGCCUGGAAUGCGACGCUAUCAUUGUUCUCGCUUCUUGGCGCGGCGCUGAUCGUAAGCAGCCAGAGGGGUGUCCGUGAACAAUUAGUGAUCGUGUUGUGUGCUGUGUGCAGCUUCUGGACGACUGGCGGUUGAUUACGACGCCGUUUGCCCACGAGAAGGAUAUCAUGGUGGGCUUAGAGGAGACAGACAGGCUCCAUACACAGUCCGGUGACAUGCGUCUGUGUGUUCGACCAGCCCAACACUCGUGCAGUGGUGACGCUGUUCACUCUGACGAAGGCGUUGGAGUUCGGCGACACAGUGCUGCUGGCGCUGCGGAAGCGACCAAUCACGUUCCUGCACGCCUACCACCACCUGAGCGUGGUAAGGAAGAUGACACGAACACCUGCACAGCUGCUGGCUGCUUGAAGUGAGUGGUGUCGUCUGGUCUUUCUGUCUUUCAGGCGCUGUAUUGCUGGCACGCGCAGUUGCUGAGUGUGUCGUUCGCCCACCUGUUUGUGUUCAUCAACCUCUGCAUCCACGGCGUCAUGUACCUCUACUACGCUCUCUCGGUGCUCCUCUCCAAAAACAAGUGCGCAUCUGCCCCACACACACACCCAUCCACACACACAGUUUCACACAUGAACUGAUGUGUCCGUGUAUUGCCGAUCAGGGCUUUGCAUAAACUGAGGCCAUACAUAACGGGGGCCCAACUCACCCAGGUGAGACGCAUGGAGGGAUACGACACCCACACACCCGCACCCACCCACCCACACACACACACACACACUCAGAGCAGGAGACUGAUGCCAUGCGUUCGAUGUGCUGUGCAGAUGUUUGUCGGCCUGUCCAUCACAAUAGCAGCGUUGCUGAACCCCGAGGUGACGGGCGAGCCCUCUCACUUCAACAACGCCAUGGGGGCGCUGGCCAUGUACUUCUCAUACGCGGUGCUCUUCGGACAAUUCUACAUCUGCAACUACAUGCCGGUGAGAAGAGAUAAGUACAGUGGCACAAGGCACCACCGCACACAUGCGCAUAUGUAAGAAUGGCGUGUCGCGACUGAUCAUCAGGGCGUGCACAAGAAGAGCCUGCUUCUCCUUUCCUCCGUCUGGAUGAGAAAGGAGGGCGAGAGGCAACCGGCUGAGACGAAGACACAGCCAUUAGCGAUCGGCAAGGGGACAACGGCUCGGGCAAGAGUUUCCGCGACGUUCCGCAUGUCCACCUGGGUGGCCAGCUUCAAGCACUAGCUCAAGACCGACAAGAGCCAAAGGCACGAGGGAGUGACGGUGUGACUACCUGUGAUGGUCGCGUGGAUCUCUGACGCAAUGCAGCUGUAAGGGAUCUACGGGAUCGCUCGAUGUGGGACGCCCCCGCACGACGUUUCGUUUCGUAGCGGAUGUAGCGAACCUACCUGCACCUGUGGGUGUGCAUGGCUGUGGCCUUUUUUGUAGUGUGGCUUAUGUGUGAAUUUGAGUUGAAGUCUCAAGUGGAGGAGAAUGGGUUGCUUUUCGGCUGCCUGACAGUGAUUUCUUUACCUGUUGUAUCUGUAUGGAUGGUGUGAAUGAGAUUUUCCUGUGCGGCAGUUUUGUUUCAUAUGUGUAUAUCUUGCUAUCGCUAUACGUACGUAUCUGUGUACAUGUAUGUAUGCACCUGUGUACGUGUGUAUGUGUGUGUACAUUUGUGUACAUGUGUGUGUGUGUACAUGUGUGUACAUGUGUGUGUGUGUACAUCUGUGUGUGUACAUGUGUGUGUGUACAUGUGUGUACGAUUGUCGUGUACCAAUUGCGUGUCGUGUAUUCCAUGUAUUGCGUCUACGUAUGUACAGGGGCCUAGCAAUUGCAAAUAUGUAUAUGCCCUAGCAAAUAUGUAUAUAAUAUAGGGCCUAGCAAAUGCAUGUGUGUGUGAUGCAUUACCUCUCUGUGUCUCUGUGAGCGUGUGAGUCGGCGUCCUUUCAUUCGUUGCCUCCCCUCCAGUGAUUCAUUGAUUGAUUGAUUGUGCUACAACAGCCGUAUGUACGUAUGCGAUCGAUUCUUGCGUAUCGUGUCUGUGCGCCUUGUGUGCGUACAACCCGUGCGUGUCACAUCUGGCAAUUCAUGCAUAAUUCAUGCAUAUGUACGUACUGACUGACGCUUCGAGUUGC